GGGGGACAAACAUGGCCGACGAGGCAGGGGAAGUAAACACAGCUACUGAGGAUGGCGAAGCAAAACAGCUAGAUGAGCCCGAAGUUUCGGAAGCCGCGCCCCAGGGCGAGUCCGGUGGCAGCGACGAGCAGGAGCCGGCGGAGAAGCCUGCCCCGGCGGCGGCAGAGAGCAGCUGGUCGGCUCCCAUCCUGUCUCUGGCUCGGAAGGCCACGGAGACGAUUAGCAGUGGGGUAAGCUACGCUUCUGCCCCGAGAAAUCCGUCACAGGCGCCCGCUGCGAGCUCCACGGCGGAUAAGGAGCCCGAAAAUGAUCUCAACAACACUUCAAAAAAGCUUCCAGUUCUGCCCCCAAAAGAUCCCAUGGCAAUAGAGAGAUCCAACCUCCUCAGCAUGAUGAAGCUGAGCAUCAAAGUGUUAAUUCAAUCCUCCUUGAGUCUGGGCAGGACGCUCGACUCGGAGUACCCUCCUCUGCAGCAGUUCUUUGUCGUCCUGGAGCAUUGCCUCAAACAUGGGCUGAAAGCCAAGAAGUCUUUUAUUGGUCAGAACAAGUCCAUUUGGGGACCCCUGGAACUGGUUGAGAAGUUGUGUCCAGAGUCUGUUAACAUUGCCACAAGUGCCAGAGACCUGCCCGGCAUUAAGACCGGCUUGGGGAGAGCAAGGGCAUGGCUCCAUUUAGCGCUCAUGCAGAAGACAGUAGCUGAUUAUAUGAAGGCUUUGCUGGACCGCAAAGAUCUCCUGAGUGAGUUUUAUGACUCUGGAGCAUUAAUGAUGGAGGAGGAGGGAGCAGUGAUAGGGGGUCUGCUUGUUGGCCUCAACGUAAUUGACGCUAACCUCUGUAUUAAAGGGGAGGAUCUUGAUUCUCAGGUUGGAGUCAUUGACUUUUCUCUUUAUUUGAAAGACCCUGCCCACAGCGAGACUGCAAAGGAUGACACCAAGAUGACAGCCAUAUUAGAUCAGAAGCACUACAUUGAGGAGUUGAAUCGUCACCUAAGUGGCACAGUCACUGACCUUCAGGCUAAGAUGGACUCUAUAGAGAAGACAAACAGCAAACUUGUAGAGGAGCUGAUGGCGGCAACAGACCGAAUCAACUCUCUGCGGGAAGAACAAGAGCAGCUAAGAAAAGAGAAUGAGACGAUCCUGCAGUCCAGCCAGAAAAAGGAAGAGGCAGCCCUCCAGGACAGCCAGGUGGAGCUGGAGACGUACAAACAGACUCGACAAGGCCUGGAUGAGAUGUACAAUGUGGUGUGGAAGCAGUAUAAAGAGGAAAAGCGCAUUCGCCAGGAACUCGAGCGUGAGCUAGAGCUCCAGGUGGGCCUGAAGCAGGAGAUGGAGGUGGCCAUGAAGCUGCUGGAGAAGGACACACAUGAGAAACAGGAUACACUGGCGGCCCUGCGGCUCCAGCUGGACCAAGUCAAGACUCUCAACCUGCAAAUGUUCCACAAAGCUCAGGACUCGGAACGAGAGGCAGAAAAGAAGCAGGCGGAGGCUGGACAGCUUGAGCAGAAGAUGGAGGAAAUGGAGAAAGCCAUGAUGGAACUAGAGCAGAGACUACAGAACUCAGAGCAAGAGCGCAAACGAAGUGACCUGUCGGACCAAGAUAUGAGGGUGGAGCUAGAAGGAAAAGUGGAUGUUUUGCAGAAACAACUGACUGACCUGGAUGCACUAAGGCUGGGUUUGGAGAAUGAGCUGCGCACUGAGAGGGAACACAGACAAAGCCUGCAGAAAUCUCUCCAGCGGGAACAGGACAACAGCAUCGAGCUCCGCACACAGCUGCAACAACUCCAGGGCCUGCACGCGGAGCUGAAGGAUUUGAAGCAUGAGAAACAGCAGCUGCAGCAGACAUGUGAGCAGCAGGAACAGGCUCUACAGGAGAUGGGGCUUCAUCUCAGCCAGUCUAAACUGAAGAUGGAGGACUUCAGGGAGGUCAACAAAGCUCUGAAGGGCCACGCCUGGUUGAAAGACGAUGAGGCCACUCAGUGCAAGCAAUGCCAGAAGGAGUUCUCCAUCGCACGCAGAAAGCAUCACUGUAGAAACUGUGGAGACAUCUACUGCAACAGUUGCUCCGGUAAUGAGCUGGCCUUACCCUCCUACCCCCGGCCUGUGCGGGUGUGCGACAUGUGCCACGCCCUUCUGCUGCAGAGAAGCACCUCCAAAGCUUCCUGACAAAACACCUACAAUCUUCAAUGUUUCUACAAGAGCUUUUUAACACUGCACAUACUCAUCCACUAUGAUUUUAACUACUUCUGUGAGAAUAAUGUCAUCAAAUCUUAGGGAAAUGUGACUUGGUGUUCCAUUUUCACUGUUGCCUGAAAUUCAGGAACAUUAGUUCAUGUGUAUUAAACAAGGGGCCACCUUUUAACACUGAUGAGAUGAGCUGUUAUAGUUUACGAAAAACUGCAUGAAGUGAUAGUUUGCAUUUUUUGAAGUGGGGUUGUAUAUCAGAUUUAUUACACUAAAUUUACCAGAAUUUCACUUUACCGUGGCUCCGGAAAGCCCUUUCAGAUUGGGAACUGAAGCCAAUAUCUACAAAAACAGUCACUUUAACUCACAUAACACAAAGAACUCCACUUAAAAAAAUCUAAACCAUCCCUGAAUUAGACUUUAAUUUGCUUGUUGAAAUAGGAUAUUUAUGUGAUCAAUGUUUCUUUCAGAAUGACAUCAGUUUGGUACUUGAUACUGAUUAUUUUAAAGAGUAGUUUUUCUAAUUUAAUCCAUGGAUGUAGAUUAUGUUGAGGUCCCAUCAAGGAUACUGUCUGUUACGGAUGAGCAUUCGUGUGAUCCUGAUGAAGAACCAGUCUACUUCACUUUAAUACUCCACUUGUCAUGCAUCUACUAUUAAUACUUCAUACAGCUGUGGCCCCACUGCUGGAUACAUGCAAAAUUGUGUAAAUGACUGUAGAAUGUUAACAAAUUAACUAUUUUAGAAU